AAUAUCCUUUCUUACACUAUAGUUAGAAUUGAGGGAAAUGUAAUAUUUGAAUGUUGAAUACUUUUGACAUUGCAUUAUGUGUUUUGUUUUUAAUUUGAUGGAGUAGUUAAAUAAAACACAGAACAAUUAGAUAUAACGGCAUAAAAUGUAGAAAAUCUUUUCAUACAGAAUUAAUUAAAUAGGAUGGAUUUAAGAUCAACUUUGGAGAAGGAUUCAAUUGAAUUAAAUCAGAAAAAUUUGUUCAGUGACUCCAAAAAUGUUAUACAUGAACAUCCGAAAAUUGAUAACAUUCAGUGGAGUAUAGCGAACGAGCAUUUACGCGCAUCUGGUAAUACGGAACAUUAUACAACUAUUAAAGACACGCUAAAUGAAGAUAUCAGGCCUAGGGACUCUACUGAAAUUGGCGACAGGACACUUGAUAUAAGCCAAAGGGCUGGGUAUCCGUAUGUGACUUUCAAUGGGAGUGAAGGAUUUCCUACCCGCACGAAUGAUGCUACAACUGAAUUAUAUUCAUACGCAACCAGAGAUGAUCAUCUUAUCCUACACUGGCAUGAAAGAGAAGACGAAAACAGAUUAGGCCACUCAUAUCUAUCUCUAAAUGCAAACGGCCAUAGUGAUCAGCAGAUAUCAGAAGAUCACAGUGGAGGUAGCAAUUAUUUUAAAUAUAAUGGAGUUCAGUACCAUAACAACAGAACAAAUCUUAGAUUAAAAGAUCGGUCUCCUUUUCAAGAGCCGGGUACCAGUCAAACUUCGAGUCUGUAUGACAAUCAAAAAGAUACCUACCUGGUUCCUCGUCUGGAGAAGGCAAAACAUACGAACUUGACUGAUAUAGAUUGGCAGAAUAACCACCCUGUAUCUGAUGGUCAGAAUGGCUACAACCAAUCUGAUAACUCUCAACUUGGCACAAGUACCUAUGUUGAUAAAGAUAUUAGGAUUCCUGAAUGUAGGAAUUUGGCUACGGUUAUACCGAAAGCAAGAAAGUACAGUAAAAGGAAAAUCAUCAUAAUGAUUGUAGUAAUUCUGCUACUGCUGGUUGCUAUUGCUUCUGUGGUUGCUGUACUUUUGAUCACCAAACGAACAGAAGACCACGACGUUUGUAGUGACCGGGAUGAAUGUCAAUCAAAAUGUUUAAAAUACCCAGAUGUUUCUAAUGGUCAUGUCAGUUCUACUGAAGAAGUUUAUUCUUCAUCAAUGGUUAAUAUAUCUUGCAAUAAAGGUUUUAGAAUAGAUGGAAAUGACACAGCUAUAUGUUUGGACAGCGGGACUUGGAGCCAUGUUGCUACAUGUGAACCAGUUGAUUGUGGUAAAUACCUACCACCGGAUCAUGUGCUCAUAUUAGAAUCUGGACAAGAGACAAAAUUCAACACUUCAUUAAGUCUAACAUGCGACACUGGAUUCCAACUUGCUGAGCAUAGCAACAGUUUUGUUUGGUGUAAUGGAGACGGACAUUGGAGCGGAAAUCCUAAAUGCGAAAAUCUAGUUGAUUUAUUUAUAAAUCCAAGCGUCUUUCUGAUCGGUGAAACAUCCCAACUUACUUGUGAAUUUCGAAAAGCUGAAUGGAGGAAAGUUGUGUUUAGAAGAGCUAGUUGGAAUAAAGGUUCAGUUACAAUAGCAACAAUAGAAAAUAACAUAGUUUCAUACAAUCGGACUACAUCUAAUGACAAAAUCAAGAUCAAAGACAGUUUUACUCAUGAUUCGGGUAAAGUUACCAUAACAUUUGAAACUGUCCAGUGUUCCGAUGCGUUUGAAAUACCUGGAGAUAUCAACUUCACAUGUGAGGUUCACAUGAAGGAUAAUUUGCAUGUGUUUCAUGCCGAAAGAUUUAUUAGAAUACAAGGUAAGCCUGGUGCUCCAAUAUUAACUAUAUCUCCGCACGUUGUCGAAGGAGAAGACACAACAAGAUCUCUGUUCGUAUGUGAAAUGCUUUUUGCGAAACCGAAUGGUAAAGUGAUCAUUGAAAGUGACUAUGGCGGUACAUAUACAACAUUGUUAUCGUCUGUGAAUGGUGAAUACGAAACUGAUGCGGCUUGGAUUGAAGACAUAAAGACCGCUCUGAAAAACUGUUGGUACAGGAUGGUAGUUAUUUUUGGCUUGAAAAGAGUUUCAAUGAAAUGGCAUCGGAAACACAUUAGAUGCAUUACAAAGCCUUCUAAUUCUAGUUCAUUUGAUCAGAUAGAUAUCCCACCUGACAACGGCGUUGUUAAAGUUCUACCAGAAAGAAUCUGCCAGGGUCAAGAUCUUGUCUUAUACCCUUAUAACUGUGGUUUGUAUGUUGAAUGCGAUAAAGAUGACAGUUAUGAUUCUGUAUUGGACGUGUUUGCAUGUGGAAACGACCAUUGUUACCAUGUUAACACCGGAGGAUGCAGCCAAUGUUCUCUUGGAAUCGGUUGUUCGGUUACAGACAUAUACUUCAGAGACGGGGGCUCAAGCGAAAUAGGGUCAGCAUUAACUAUCGUGUGUAUUGUUGAAGAUUUUAAAAACCUUACGGAUAUAAAAAUUACAAGAGGAAAUGGAGAGAUGGUUUCGUCAAUAAGCACAGGUGACAAUAUAAAGGGCAUUAGCACUGUUCCAGAGAUGAGUCACCGUAACAGUACCGGCGGCAUGCUUUCAGUACACAUAAGCUACCUUUUGUGUGAUGAUGAAGCUACAUACCGCUGUUUUCCAGAAGGAGGUGGAAAAUAUUCGGAUGAUGUUAUUGAUCUCAAUAUGAAUUGUUAAUCGUAAAACCUGAACCAUUCUAGUCUACUGUUCAUUCCGUUUGUAAUUUCUCGAAUGUCAUGUUUUAGACUGUUUGCACGAAUUGAUAGCUAAGAGCACCAGUUGACUAAAUAUGUUGUUUUCCUCUUCUCCAUGUAAAAAUAGAAAUAUUUGAUAUUUAAAAAUGACCUUCUAAAAUAUCUGAAGCAAAUUUGACAACACUUGUAUUGACAGUUUAUCAUUGAUUAGGAGAUUUACCAAAUCAUAAUCCAUAUGAAAAGUCUCCAUAGCUAAAAUAUUUAAUAGGGUAUAGUGUAAAGUUAGUCCGCUUUCAACAAUUUGAAGGAGUAUUUGCUGAACUUUCUUUUGUCUUUUGUACAUUCAAUAUGUAAGGCUUGCCAAGAGUCUAAAACUCCUAACUUGAUUAAAAGCUUAUCAAAACCAUACUAAAAUUGACCUGAAAGAAGUAAUUAAAGAUUUUGCAUUGUAAACAAACACAUCAGUGUACCAUCAAUAUUUUCCACUCAUGAAUGCACUCAGUUCAGGUGAUAAUUGUUGAUAUAAUUGUAAAUGAGAGGCCCCAUUGAAUUUUUUUUACAAUUUGUUUUGUACAUUAAUGUGAAUAUAACAUGGCAUAACAUAAGUUACCCGCUUAGGCCAAAAUAAAAAAAAAUAUAUGCAUGGCAGGUAACCAGAGUGACCCUAUUUUUUGACGCCGACCCUUAGACUUUUUAUCGAUUUUAGUGGUUAUGAAUUAGCCUGGGACGAAAAAUAUCGAGUACGAACUGAAACGUGAAACGCUUAGAAUAAAGCGUUUAUCGAUAGAAAAUCCGAUAUUUAGUAAUACACGAAGACAAUACACCAAAACAAUACGCUAAAGUGUCAAUAUCGCAUUACAUUGGGGCAUAAUCUAAAAUUUCGCCGAGAGCUUCUAGAGUAAUUCUUCCGCCUACUUCUAUGAAAGCAAAUGAAAUGAAAUAUUAGCUGUUCGCUUCGUCUAAAGCUCCGCCCAUUUUCUUGAUGCGUUUGGCGCUUCGUCUAAAGCUCCUCCCAUUUUCUUGAUGCUAAAAACUCAAGAUGAAUUUGCAAGUUAUGUUUUACAUCAAGCGAGAUAAAGUUACAAGGAAUUUUUAAAAAUAAGCCGAUUAGCGAACACGGAGCACGUACUGAGUUUGUGCAGGACAGCCCUGUCAGAUGGCAGAUACAGAUGGCGCAACGACAACGUUUUGUCAUCCAUAGCAGAGCACUUGGACCAGGCAAGGCGUGUACAGAAAACGUUUUAAUAAAUGCCCAUCAUUCAUUUCCUUCGUCAGAGCUGGACAAAAGGGUAGAGGAGUCAAGAGUGCUAAUGUGAUCCUAGGCACUGCCAGUGACUGGAAAUUGGUCGCAGACCAUGAAAAAAUGCAGCUCAGUUCCCACAACAGAUCAUUGUAACCAACCUUAGACCAGACGGGGUACUAUGAUCAGCUCCAAUAAAGCAAUUCGUCAUGGUGGAACGGACAAUACCAUGGGAAGAAGGGAUUGAAGAGAGCUUUGAAAGAAAGCUUACAAAGUAUCAGGCCCUCACAGAAAGCUGUAUUAAGAGAGGUUUGGUCUUACAUUGUUCACAGCACUAAACAAAACACCUUAUAGUUUGUUUAACGUAAUGGACCUGUAACGAAAAUCGUAAAAUUACAUAUUCUCCAUUUGAGCCGCGCCAUGAGAAAGCCAACAUAGUGGCUUUGCGACCAGUACGGAUCCAGGUAUAGUCAGGAUCCAUGCUGAUCACUAACGGUUUCUCUUAUUGCAAUAGGUUUUGAAAGCGAACAGCAUUGAUCCUGACCAAACUGCGCAGGCUGGUCUGGAUCCAUGCGGGUCGCAAAGCCACUAUGUUGGUUUUCUCAUGGCGCGGUUCAUAUGCUUUUCCAGCUAAUUUUUAUAGAAAGCAAUGAUCGUGUGAAGCUACAGUUGCGUCAAAAGAAUGUUGAAUUGCUUGCAUAUAUAUACACGGAAAUUGCAGAGUGUCAUUACCGAUCUUACAACCUUAAAAUGUUGCAGUUACAUUCGACGACAGUAACUUAUUUGCAGCAAAGCACUCUUGAACAGUCAAAGAAAUGCUUCAAAAUGAGAAAAGCAUAAGAAACACUUUCAAAAUGAUUAAUAAAGUGAUUAAUACAACAGCACUCUACCUAUGAGGACUACCUAAGGUUUUUAUGUGUUUUCACAUUUUUUGGAUAGACAUGUUAUAUUGUAAUAGAUCAAAGUGUAAACCAUGUUGUCACCAUUGUGAAUAAAGAAUAACUGUAGUUAGAAAGCAAAAACUUAAUUAUCUUAAGUAACGUUUUUUAAUGUCGUAAAAAUUCUUUUAAUGGCAUUUAUUCAUUAUUUUAAUUGAUUUUGAUGCACUACUAAACUUUCUAGCAGGGCCUCAGCACAACUAUUAUUGUCAGUGUAAGCCAUGAGAAAAGUGUGCAUGUCAUAAAUUGAAUACACAGCGAUUUAAACUAAUGCAGGUCACGUUUUGUCUGCUGAUCAGUUGUUGGGAAAAAGACUUGUUAAAUAUUUUUGUAUUCACUGGGCCAAUUCGUUUCAUUCAAACCGGGACAUGCCGGUCACGUGAGAGGCAAGAAAAUAAUUUUCGCCGGUUUAAUAAUAAACGGACGCUUUGGGGUACGCCGGCUACGUUAGCUGCAAAUAAAAAAAAUAAAGUUUAUUAGGAUUUUCUAUUGAGGCCAUGUCAAAAAAGUUAGCAAAAUAUUUCUUGUAGUAUGUUUCUACCUUUACUGUUAUUAACCCAUUUUUUUAGAUGUUUAACCGAUUUUAUAUCGCGAAUAUAUAUGAUUUGCCGGUUUGCCUUUCUCGCUAGACCGGCGCUAAACGGCGUUCGCCGCAAAUGUGAAACGAAUUAGCCCACUUCAGCCAAAUGUUUUAUGUUAGCUUCAGUGAUUGUGUCCAUCCAAAGUUGUUGCCCUUAAGUUUUUUGUACCAUCCCUAAAUUACAUCAUUCAGAUAUUUGAAUACUUUAGUAGACUCAGUGAUCAGUACAGUGUCUUAACCCAACGGGAGACAUUUUGGACGGUCAAACGACACUUGAAAUAAGGAUAAUAUUCCAACAGGGAAACCCACAUUUAAAGAAUGCUGCGGUAAAUACACAGAAGUGUAUUAUUUUUUAUUACUGUAAACAUGUACACAGUUGCUUGACACAUGCACACAUGUGCGCAUUAACACAAAAGAAUGCUGGCUGAAGCUGAUGAUAGAGGUCGAGGAGGGAGAGGGUGAUGCGGGCGUGAGGGGUAUUGCAAACAUCAUUCAUUCUCGUAAUCCAAGUCUGUUAUCGGACUGUUUGCAGUGUGUUCUAUGUUUAUAGAUUUGAUUCAUUUCAGCAAUAUAGCUAGUUGUGAGUGUUACUUUCAGGUGUCUUUUCUUCUGUAUAACUCCAUUAUUUGGAAUAUAAAAACUUUGAAUUUCCGCUUCUUUCGUUUUUUCGUUUGUUUUUUUUUCUUAUUUUUUCUUGACAGUGAAAUAUUACUUAGCGACCAUCUGUAUUAAGCCACCAUUUGCCUUAAGCAGUCAUUCAGCUGACUUUCUGAAUUGACCUUUUCUUUUUAUUUCCAACUGUCGUAAGCAGCAACCUGACUUAAGCAGUGACACUAUUUCAAGUCUUUGAUUGAAUGCUUACAAAUGUGAUACAGGUAUCAGCGCACUGCAUACGUGACACCUUUCGUGGUAUGUGUGUCAAUUUAUUGAUAUUGGACACAUUUUACAUUGCUGUCAUAAAUUAGUGGCAGAUAUCCAAGUGUAAAUGACUGAACAAUAUAUAAGGAAGUGUUAUUUGAUAUUAAUAUUUUAUUAUGCACCGCCAGAGAAAAUUAAUCUAGCUUGGAGGGCAUGAGAAAGUCGCAGUAUAAUAGAAUGUAGAAUAAUAAUUUCUUUAUUAUGUACUCCAUACAUACAUUUCAAUUCUAUCUCACAGAUCUUAGCUCUAUUAUUCUCUGAUAUUAUCUUGUUUUAUUUGAAAUAAAACUUUAUAUGAAUAUAAUCUGCAACGAAAAUUGAAAUCAUUAUUACUUGUUUAAAUCAUAACUUUAUGCAGAUUUGUUCAUUGAAAAUGUCAACAACAUGCUAUUUUGUAACUGAUAUGCUUUAUAAUUAUGUACAAAAAGCAGCAAACAAAAUCGACUAAACUUUGUACCAACGACAACAAAGUGUAUAUUAAGCAUACUUUAGCAAACAUUUAGAUAUAUAUCUUCAGGAAAACUUUUAAAAUCACUGACUUAAAGCGUAAUAAA